CAGAGAUAUCGCACAAUGCAGCACUGCAGCAGCCGAGAGAUGGUUAAAGUAACAGAGGCAAUGUCAGAGUCUGUUCCAGCGGGACAGGAUGGCGCGACCAGUGACAGCAUGCCACACUGGUCGCUGGACGGUCCGUCCUGCCACACUGGUGGUCUGCGUCUGCUAAGCUCGCACUAUAGUUUCACGUGUGUCCCUAGGGGUAAGAGCGGGUUGGAGCUGAGGGCGUAACAGUUUCUCAACACCUUUUUCCCUCCCCUCCUCACUGCGCAGGUCGUGACGAAGCUCGUGAUGACGUAGAGGUGAGACCGCACCUCUUCGUCAUCACGACCUUCGUUACGACGUGCGCAGUCAUCGGGGCGGAAGGCCUCCGCGCGUCGUCCGACUCGCUCUCUUCCCCGGCCCUUCUUCUGCUACGCUGGCGGACGUCGGCGGCUGACAGGUACGGACGGCAACAGAGAAGCCGACAGGCAGCAGACACCACACACGACGUAUUGCACGUGACAGAGAGGGAGAUGCGCAGAUAUCAGGGCAGGAUGCACACGAGCACACGUGUGUGGUGGGUGUUUCCUGCAGGCAGUCUGCAGGCGUCCCGAGAUGAGCACCGUACGAGCUGUGUGAACGCGCGGCGGUGCUCAUGGCGUGACGGCGAGCCGCUCCUCCGCUUCUGUCUCUCACUUGAUGUCUCACUGAGGCCUGCAUGCGGCGGGGCGACUCGUCCACUGCCCCUCCACUCGACCACCUGACGCUUCAACACACUGACGACAGCAGUAGUCACUGACGGCUGGCGGCUCAAGACACUCCCAAUCGCUCCUGACCAGUGCGCUGCCAACACGCACGUCUCAUCCCUCGUCUGUGCCCAGCCGACGGCCGGACGCCCCCGCCUGAUGACCGCCCACAUGCCCCUCUGGAUGAUAUCGGUGGCUGACGGGCUGUGAGUGGGUCGGCGCUGCAAGGCGGCAUUGGG